GCAAGGAACCGAGACAUCACAUACAUGUGCAUGCGAAAGAUGGAGCCCAACAGUAGUAGUAUGAAACUCGAAGACUUCGAAUUUUUGUUUAACUUUGAUCUCCUUAUUAGUGCCCAAGUUUCCUUUGGACUCUUCCUUUGUGAUUGUUUUCCCGUUUAAAAGUUAUUUGUUCGAAAUUUCAACGUUUUGUGCAGACAAAUGGUAUUGGUGUUUCUUUUGUAUCAGUGGUUCCGCUGAGUAGCUAGCGAUUCAGAUCAAAACUGGAUUUACGGGAUGUGUGACGUUUUCCGUUUCCAGCCACAAUAAUCCGAUCGCCUGGAGUUGAUGCUCGUUCUGUGAUGUUGUUUUCGUCUCUCAGCAUUGUAUGAUGACAAUGGAUGGCAAAAGUAGAAAUUCGGGUUAUGAUCGAAAAAGAUCCGAUACCAGCCACGCUAAAAGUGAUCGGAAGGAGCGCGACCGCUCUCCUCACCGUAACAAUAAUCACCGUUCGACGCGCCCACGCGAUCGCAGCCGGUCGACAUCUAGACCACGACGUAACGGUGAUGCCAGCCGUGGUGAUCGCCGUCGUGCGUCCCCGGACGAACAUGAGCGGAACCGCCGUCAGCGAAGUCCUGUGGAUGAUCGCAAACGGCACGAUGACCAGCUCGACAGGUCACCGCAGCGUCGACGUAGAAAGGAGCGGGGACGCUCGCGGUCGGUGUCCGUUGAGCGGCACUAUGAAGAGCGGCACAAUGCCAAAACUUCCCGCGAGUCGCCUGAGCGCAAGCAUCAUAGACAGCGCUCACCAGAUCGUGAUGAAAGUCCUGUUGAAAAAACUGGUCGAAAUGAGCGGACGCGAUAUAAUCCUUCCUCUAGUGCUCGUGAUAACGAACUUUAUGGCGCUGGCCGGUCCAAGAAUGCGACCGAUAACUCAUCACCGCGCAAGCGCCACGACGACAAAGGUUCGUCACGCAAGCGCCGUCGGUCCUCUUCGCGGACGCGUUCUGGUCCGAGAACGCCACCCGAAGAAGAGGAAGGGACAUUAUUCUCCGAAAUCAUCAAGCACGAUCGCUCAUCCCGCUCGAGAAGUCGUGCCGCGGAUGGCACGCUGGCCUCAUCCAUUAUCAAGAACAGGAGCGGUGCAGAGAGCCCGUUGACGCCUCCUCCGAAAUCCACAGCAGCUGAGAUUGUUAAGAAUGACCUGGAAGCCCGAACUGAACCUAUUAAUUCACCACCGCCAACCGCCCUCUUGGCCUAUGUCAAUUUACCCUUACCCUCUGUCACACCCCAGCCGGGGGUGGUCCUGCAGGAUCAGAUCAGGAAGUUUAAACAUCCUGUCGUCGUUCCUACACGCCCACGACCAGCACCGUUAGGUCCGAACGAGCAUGCGUGGGGUGAACGGUGCGUGUCCAGUUUCACGAUCAUCUCGCAGAUUGGCGAAGGGACUUACGGACAAGUUUACAAGGCCAAAAAUCGAGAUACGGGCGAAAUGGUCGCACUGAAAAAGGUUCGCCUGGAAAACGAACGCGAGGGCUUUCCCAUAACAGCGGUUCGAGAAAUCAAAAUUCUCCGCGAACUGGAUAAUGUUAACAUUGUCAAGUUACUGGAGAUCAUUACUGAUAAACAGGAGGCAGUCGAUUUCCGCCGCGAUCGUGAAGGGGCUUUCUAUCUCGUAUUCGAAUACAUGGACCAUGAUCUUAUGGGCUUGUUGGAAUCUGGAAUGGUGAAGUUCACGGCACAGGCCAUUGCCAUUUGCAUGCGGCAGCUACUGGAAGCUUUGAAUUUCUCCCACAAAAAGAACAUUUUCCAUCGCGAUAUCAAGUGUUCUAAUAUAUUGGUUAACAACAGAGGUGAAGUGAAACUCGCUGAUUUCGGUUUGGCUCGGUUAUUUGAUGCUAGUGACAGGGAACGUCCAUAUACCAAUAAAGUAAUUACUUUAUGGUAUCGGCCACCGGAAUUACUGUUUGGGGAAGAGAGAUAUGGACCGGAAGUGGAUGUAUGGAGUUGUGGUUGUAUCUUGGGCGAAAUGUUCCACGGCGAACCCAUUUUUAAAGCCAAUUCGGAGUUUCAUCAGUUGGAAAAAAUUAGCAGCAUCUGUGGUACACCUAACCAGUCCUGUUGGCCGAAUGUGGUGAAUCUGCCAUCAUUUGCUACCAUGAGACCGAAGAAAACGUACAAGCGAAGAGUCCGUGAAGCGGAUGAAUUCCGCAGUAUGCCGGAGCCUGCCUUAGAACUAUUGGAUAUGAUGCUGGAAUUGGAUCCCCUUAAACGGAUUUCGGCCGAAGCUGCAUUGGAGCAUCGAUUUUUAAAAGACGUCGAAAACGAAACUUUGCCAGAGGCUCUGUUACCGACUAAUCAAGAUUGUCAUGAAAUGUGGUGUAAGCGUCGGCGGCAGGAGAACAGACGGCGUCAAGAAAAUCGCAAUUCAGCCGACAUGGAAGCCGUUGGUACGAUUGCUUCUAGUUCUCACUCCAAUGCAUCCAUGAAUUUUGCACCGAUUCAUACUGGACAUGGCCAUCAAAACCCCACGGUCCCGGUUAAUCCUAUGCACCAUGGCGCUCACAGUGCGGAUUAUUUUGCGGCAUACUGAGUGAAUUGGGUCCAAAUUGAUUUUCACCAGAAUCCAAUUGGACCGGGGAUAUGCUGAUGUGAAGAAGCAGACACACGUGCUCGAUAAUAUAUUUCGAAUGAGAUUCUGUGAAAUUCAUGGAAGGGCAAUUUGUUUUAUCACGUAAUGCUUUUGUUGCUACUACUGUAAGAACGUACCGUAUGUUGUUUUAAAACACUUUUAGACCUUUUGUUUCUCUUGCGCGACAACCCGGUAUAAUCACGUAGAUCCAGGUUCAACAGAAAAUGGAUAUGAACACCCGCGUAUCUGGCUCCUUUUCUGCUGGCAGAAUUCGAAGUACUGUCUUUGAAGGAAAAAGACCAGUCGACCAUUUCCGCAUAACUGCGUUAC